AUGUCUGUUGUAGGCUUUGACUUUGGUAACCUUCAAUCCAAAAUUGCCGUGGCACGUAAUCGUGGUAUUGAUGUAAUUUGUAAUGAGGUUUCGAACCGAACUACACCGUCGUUAGUUUCAUUUGGUCCUAAAAAUAGAUAUUUAGGAGAAGCAGCUAAGACACAGGAGAUUUCUAACUUCAAAAAUACAGUCGGAUCUUUAAAACGGCUCAUUUGUUACGCAUUUCAAGACAGUGAACUUCAUGAAGUCGAAAAGCAGUAUAUCAAUGCAGAAUUGGUAGAUGAAAAGGGUCAAGUUGCCGUAAAGGUUCAAUAUCAUGGCGAGCAACGCGUAUUUACUGCUACGCAAUUGGUUGCCAUGUACUUUACCAAACUUAAGGAUAUCACUUCCGCUGAGCUUAAGAUUCCGGUUUCUGAUGUUGUAAUUUCAGUUCCUGGCUGGUUCACAGAUGCACAACGUCGUAGGAUCCUUGACGCGGCCGAAGUUGCCGGUUUAAACUGCUUACGUUUGUUAAAUGAUACUAGUGCGGCAGCAUUAGGUUAUGGUAUUACAAAGACUGACUUGCCCGAGGAUAAACCUCGAAAUGUCGUGUUUGUAGACAUUGGUUACUCAAGUUAUAGCGUGGCAAUUGUUUCCUUUCUCAAGGGACAAUUAACAGUUAAAUCCACUGCUUACGAUAGACAUCUUGGUGGUCGAAACUUUGACCAAAUUUUAAUAGAUCAUUUUACCGAAGUAUUUAAAGAAAAAUAUAAAAUUGACAUAAAAUCAAAUUCAAAAGCACUAUUUCGUCUUCGUACAGGAGUAGAAAAACUGAAAAAAGUUCUUUCUGCUAAUGCUCAAGCACCUAUUAAUGUAGAAUCGAUAAUGAAUGAUAUUGAUGUCAGUGCUAUCUUAUCUCGUGAUGAAUUUGAAAAAUUAGUCGAACAUCUUCUUGAACGUAUAGAGGGACCACUUGAACAAGCGUUUAAAGAUUCAGGGCUUUCUUUGGAAGAUAUUCACUCAGUUGAAGUAGUUGGUGGAUCAACACGCAUUCCAGCCGUUAAAGAGAGAAUUUCAAAAUUUUUUGGUCAAGAACUCAAAUAUACACUUAAUCAAGAUGAAGCAGUUGCUCGUGGAUGUGCACUUCAAUGUGCUAUUCUUUCACCAGUAUUUAAGGUUCGCGAAUUUAAUGUUCAGGACAUUAUCCCUUACCCUAUUAAAAUUACAUGGAAUAAAAUACCCGAAAUUCCCGAUGAAGAUUCCGAACUUGUCGUAUUUCCAAGAUCAAACAAUAUUCCUUCUACAAAAAUCUUGACAUUUUAUCGAAAGGAACCAUUUGAUAUUGAAGCUUAUUAUUCUGAACCAGAUAAAAUUCCGAGUACUGGUCCUUGGAUCGAAAAUGCUAAGCCGCCCUCAAAUCCUCCUGUCAAGAAAGUGAAAAAGCUCGUAAAAAAGGGAGAUUUGCCAAUUACAUCUUGUCAUAAUGGAUUAGACAAAUCGGUUAUCACACAAUUUAAGGAACUAGAAGUGCAAAUGAUAGUAUCAGAUAAGCUUGUGGCAGAUACAGAAACGCAAAAAAACGCGCUUGAAGAAUAUGUUUAUGAUACUCGAUCCAAAGUGGAGACGAUUUAUAGUGAAUAUGUUAAUCCUAAUGUUAAAGAUAAAUUUCUUCAACUCCUUAAUGAUACCGAAAGUUGGCUUUAUGAUGAAGGGGAAGAUGCCAGUAAAUCAGUGUAUGUUGAAAAAUUUGACCAAUUGAAAACGUAUGGAGGGCCUAUCGCAGAACGAUACCGUGAAGCAGAAGAACGACCAAAAGCCGAACAAUCAUUACGAGAAAGCAUACAAUCAUUCAUUCUUAGUGCAUCUAGUGGUGAAGAAAGAUUUUCACAUAUUCCUGAAGAAGAAAAGAAGAGCAUUGUAGAAAAGGCAACAAAAAUGUCCGAAUGGUUAAAUGAGAAAUUGAAGGCACAAGAAAGUUUGCCAAAAUAUGAACCGCCAGCAGUUUUAUGCCGAGAAAUUUACAAGGAGCGUGAGGAAUCGAAAAAUGAACCUAACACUGAAGAACCCAAAUCCGAAGAACCUAAUUUCAAAGAAUCUAAUAUCGAAGAAGCUAAGCUUGAAGAAGUUACAAUGGCAGAAGAUACUCCUACAGAUGUUCAAAAUACAGACAAAACUAAAAGUGAAACUAAAGAUAUUGAAGUUGAAAAUGGAAACGGAGAAACGAUUAUGGCAGUUGAUUAA